UACAGUUGUAAACAUUUUACAACCAUUUUUAAUUAAGGUUUCAGGUUGUCAAUUACUAUGGCUUAUUCCAAUAGCAGCUUGAAGCUCCUCGUUGCUCUUGCACUAGUGUUUGCGACGUCGGCAUAUUUAGCCAUGUCUCGAACAUUGUCUGAUUCAUUGAUGGUGGUGAGGCACGAACAGUGGAUGGCUCAGUAUGGACGCGUUUACGAAAAUAAAGUGGAGAAAACAAAACGGUUUAACAUUUUCAAAGAGAAUGUUGAAUACAUUGAGUCUUUUAACAAGGCUGGAACCAAGCCUUAUAAGCUAGGCAUCAAUGCAUUUGCCGAUUUGACUAACCAGGAAUUCCGAGCAUCUCGGAAUGGAUACAAAUUGCCUCACGACUGCUCUUCCAAUACGCCAUUCAAGUAUGAAAAUGUGAGUUCAGUUCCAACUACCGUAGAUUGGAGGACGAAGGGAGCCGUUACUCCCGUUAAAGAUCAAGGCCAAUGUGGAUGUUGUUGGGCAUUUUCUGCUGUUGCCGCCAUGGAAGGAAUUACGAAGCUCUCAACCGGCAACCUGAUUUCACUGUCAGAGCAAGAGCUAGUUGAUUGCGACGUAAAAGGCACAGACCAAGGCUGCGAAGGAGGCCUAAUGGACGAUGCAUUCACCUUCAUAAUAAACAACAAAGGCCUCACAACAGAAUCCAACUACCCAUACCAAGGAACCGACGGCUCCUGCAAGAAAAGCAAGUCAUCCAACAGCGCAGCAAAGAUCAGCGGCUACGAAGACGUCCCCGCUAACAGCGAGUCCGCCUUGGAAAAGGCCGUGGCCAAUCAGCCGGUAUCCGUGGCCAUAGACGCGGGGGGAUCCGAUUUCCAGUUCUACUCCAGCGGGGUCUUCACGGGAGAAUGCGGAACACAGCUGGAUCACGGCGUGACGGCUGUUGGGUAUGGGAUAGCGGAGGAUGGGACUAAGUAUUGGCUGGUGAAGAACUCAUGGGGAACAAGUUGGGGUGAGAAGGGUUAUAUUAGGAUGCAGAAAGACAUUGAGGCUAAGGAAGGGCUUUGCGGUAUUGCCAUGCAAUCAUCAUAUCCUUCUGCUUGAUUAAUACUCUGUAAAUGCUUAUAUUUGAUGAGGCUUUGCAUCAAUCAUCCUAAAACGCCUCUGUAAUUAAUGUAUCCAUUAAUUGGUGUGUAUUAUCUUUUUUCUUGUUUGUGUAUAUUUAAAUGCCAACUGCACUGGAAUCUUUACAUGCUUCGACGUAUAUAACAAUAUAGUUGCCUGUCUUUACAACUGA